GUCUCUCUGUAUGCCCAGAGAUUUAUUUUUGUUACUAUUUUAGUGCUUUCUCGUCCACCGAGUCGCACACAUGUGGGUCCCACACCGAACCCUUUAAAAUCCAGAGCCCUAGCGCGAAAUCCGCUGUUGGUCUUUCCUCUCCCUUCCGCUUUCGUCCUUUCCCAAUUCACACCAUCCAUUCAACUCUUUCUAACUCCAACUAGAAAACUAAGCGUUCAGAAGUUUUCUGGAAUCUUGUUGCAGGUUAAGAUUGAUGUGGAAACGGUUUGAAAUCAACAAAUGCUUAUUUUGCUAUUGUUUUCUCACUCCACAUGGUUCCAGAAAUUUCAAUAUUUUGUUGGUAGAGAAGUAGACUGACUGAGAGACUUCUGUAUUCUGGGAAUUCGAUAUUCAAUGGAGAAAAUUGAUCUCAAUCUUGUGGAUAGCCCACCUAAAACUCCUGCUCCAAUGGGCUACGAUGAAGCAAACAAAACCUAUAUUAUAGAGAAUGAAUUGCCAAUGACUUUACAAGAUUCUUUCCAUCAUAUUGGGACCACACAUGGAAAUACAAAUAUGAGAUUUGAUCAAAGGCCCUUCUUGUAUAGGCCACGACCAAUUUAUCCACUUUCUCUCGGCAUGGACAAUACAUGUCAACCUUAUGGUCUCGGUGUCAACGAUUGUAAUGUCAUGAGUGGGGCUGCCCUACUCAAUAGUUUAAAUAGUCCACAGUUUGACAGAAGCUCCAUAGGUGUUGGCAGCAGCACUGCAGCAGAAUUGCGAACAAAUAGUCAAGUUGGAACAGCAUUUGCUACUGGAAUUGUGCCCAAUGCUCACCACUUCAAUCAUGUUCAUAGGCCACAGCUCUCUAGAAAUGUUAGUUUUGAAGGUAAUCCACCUUUUUUAUACCAGUCACCUGAUUGUGGGUACUCAAUGGUUGGUGGUAAUGGCACGAGUGUGGUUCGAUCUGAUAAAGCACCAGUUGUACAUCAUUCACAUGACCAUGGGGAGUCAUUUAUUUGUGACAAUGUCAUGACCAAUUGUGCUCAACUUGAUAACCUUUAUGUUGAUGAUGGCAUAGCCGCAGAGUUUCGGACAAAUAGUCAGAUUGCAAUGGCAAGUUGUGCUAACCUCAACUCCAAUGCAAGUCAUGGACCACAUAUCCAUAAGAAUUUCUUAACCGUUGGAGGUAACAGACCAGUUUUAGAUAAAGGGCACAAUCAUAGGUACUCUGCGACUGGUAACAAUUUCAUGACUAGGGGAGGUCAAUCAGAUAACCUUUUCCCAGAGAAGAUUGAUGGCACUUUCUUAAGUAUUAAACCUGGUGGUAGCACUGGAUUUCAACCCAAUGACCAAGCUGGAGGUAUUUCUUUCAAUAUUGCUAGGAAUGUUGCCACCCAGCCAGAUAUCUUUCGCAGGGCACAGCCUGAUGAUAAACUUUUGAGUCUGAGCCACAAUGGGGGCAAUGAUUCCUGGUCCGCCAACAACAGCUGUGUUUUCAAUGCUGACGCCAAUUCAAGCCCAUUCAAUAUCUUCCAAACACCAUCAAGUAUCAUGCAACAUAAUUUUCCUCCACAUUAUAGCAGGAACUUAAAACCUGGAGAAAGUGCACAUGCAAGAUGUACAAUCACAGAUCCUUAUGGAGGAUUUCAUGGUUAUUCUGCCAUCACAUCUAGACCCACUAGCAGCACCCAAGCUGGGUUGCCUAAUGUGGACCAUUCCCUGCUGUCUAGGGUAGCACCGAUUUCUGGUACUUCAGUGAGGACCAAUGGGUUAGGUUUGAUGCAACGACAUCAAGGAUAUGGGAAUUCUGUAGAGGGCUGCUCAAGUGAAUCCACAGAUCAUCGUCUUGUUGGGGAUCAAAGAUACAUGACUGGGAAAUAUCAAUCAGGGAAGCCAAUGACCACUAAUAAGGUUAGCAUUAGUAAAGCUGCUAAUGCUUUUCAUCGUCUAGCUGAUAUGGGGAGAAUGCAACCAGCCAAUAUAGGACAGCCACUUACUGCUGAUAAGGGUAUUGUUGCUGAAGGUGGUAAUGGAAUUUCUGGUCUAGCUGAUAAGAGGACACAGAUACAACCAGACAAUAGAGGCAGCUCUAGCCUUUCUUACCAAGGAAAACCAGGCUCAUCUCAAGGCAGUCGCCUUGCCCAGUCUGCUAAAGAUGUUGGAGUAGCUGUUACCCAUGUUAAAUCAAUUGCUGAAGAAAGGAGUGUGCUAGCUCAGACUUCUAAGAGUGUCCCUAGAUUACCUGCUAAGAGGGGUAGGAUCCAACUCUCUACAGCUGCUCAUCAGCUUUUGCAUCGAAAGAGCAAACCUGGACCUUUCAUUGGUCCAUCUGCUCUAUCUUCGGAUCAUAUUACACCAGUCUACCAUAUCAGAAGGAAAGAUCCUGUUGAACCCUAUCAUUCAGUUGCAGAGAAAUGCGCAAUAUGCAAGCGUGAUCUAAUUUUCUCACCAACAGGUCCCCUAGCUGUGCCUUCUGUUUGUCCAGCGGUCGCGGUUCUGCCAUGUGGUCACACUUUUCAUGAUGAGUGUGUGCAGCGCAUCACUCCGAAGGAGCAGGCUGAAGAACCACCAUGCAUUCCUUGUGCCAUUGGAGGCGAUGGUUAAAACUCUUCUCCUGUUUCAUUCUUGCAGCUCCGUUUCAUUUUGUUUCAUAUUUUUGGUUUUGCAAACUCUUCGGCAUUCGAUACUAGGAAGAACCAAAAGGAGAUGAAAUACUUCUAUACGACAUACAACAAGUGUAAAUAUAGAGUUUGAAUGAGAAUGGUAGUCCGGUCUUUUUUGACGUUGUCGUACAUAAUUGUAAAUCCUGAUGCUUCAAGUCUCUUAUUAAUUGCAAAUAGAUUUUGGUCA